AUGGAUUCGAAAGACGACUCGGAUUCGGACUCAUCCGUUGAGGAAAAUAAACGGAUGCCGGAUGAGGAUUGCCCUUUCACAAAAUCAUUAAAUGAUUCUUCCUCUCUUGUUGAGAGCGACAAAGAACUGACUCUGCUUGAAAAGCCGCAAAAGCUCCGCCUCCAAUCAUCUGACUCAUCUAUCGUCUCUAUCGACACCCAAUUUGACGGAAAACACCACCAGCGCCGCCACUCUGGCACUUUAUCCCCUCGAUUGAUUGACAUUCGUCGCCGUGACUCAAUCGAUGGAUUCAGUCAGGAUGAAAUAACGCACGAAAAUGAAACGAACUUCAUAUCAAAAAUUGGCGAUACAAUGGGUGCAGCUCAGAUCGGGCCGAUCUCGAGCUCACCGACUGGAACAAGCUCGAUUCUUCGAAGGAGCGAAUUCGGUCCUUGUCCUGGCAGUCCAAAGCGGGGCAAAUUCGUUACCAAGCCUGGAAGCGGUGAUGUUAUCAGCAGACGAGCGGAGAGUCCUCUCACCGCUUUCAGGGGCAAGCGACGGUUUCCGUCUGAGACUGUUGAAGAGCCCAAACCAAAGCGCUUGCUGAAUGAUUUUUCGUCAUGUAUGGAUUUGCGCCGCCCGAGUAUAAAUGGCAUCAAUCGCUCGAUGUCCAUUUCGUCUAUCAGUUCAAGCCAUGAUGGCUCAGUGUAUUCCGAAGUAUCCCAAAACAGUUCCCAAAAUAACGAUUUCCCGCCUAAAGAAGGCCUUUUUCUUCACUCUUUGUCUGAUAAUUCAUGCGCUCAGUCUGUUGACACUCCUGUCAACUCUCGUCGCGGCUCAAGUGAUUCGCUCGCCUCAAUUGACUCCCGUGAUCAGUCCAUGUUUCAAAGUCUUCUGGAAAAGACUGCAAAGAAGUCCCUCUGUCCGGAUGCAGAUUCCGCCACUGCUGACUCCAAUAUGGAAGUCUAA